UCCGCCCCCUCGCCGCACGCAGACGGGAAGGGGGCCCGCCCAGCCCCGCCCCCACGAAGAGAGGGGGGCCUGGCCGCCUCAGCUGCCCCCACGCAAGGGGGCCGCCUGGGUGGGAAUCGCGAGAUGAUUGUGCUGGAACCGGCCCCCCCGCGAGCGAAGAUGUCUGAAUCAUCCAAAGAUCAUAAUCACUGGAAAGUUUGUUGACUGCUAUUUCUUGAAAGUCCUGAGACUUAACAUCAAUCUGGCAUGGCGCAGGGCAGCCCGCAGUUAGACAUACAGCUACUCCAUGACCUCCAGCAACGUUUUCCUGAGAUUCCUGAAAGUGUGGUGUCUCAAUGCAUGCUCCAGAACAACAACAACCUUGAUGCUUGUUGUCGAAUUCUUGCACAAGAGAGCAACAAAUACCUAUAUAUGGAGUAUCACAACCCAGAUGACACUCGAGUGAACAGGAAUCGUCUUCUGCAUAUUAACCUUGGUAUUCAUCCUCAUACUAACUAUGGAGGGGAUGGACCUCAACUUAACGGUGGCCGUACACUGGUACAUAGUUCAAGUGAUGGACAUAUUGAUCCACAAUGCACCCCAGGCAAACAGCUGAUCUGUUUAGUUCAAGAACCACAUUCUGCUCCUGCUGUUGUAGCAGCUUCUCCAAACUACAAUCCUUUUUUUAUGAAUGAUCAGAAUAGAAAUGCAGCUACUCCUCCUCCACAAGCACCUCAGCAGUCUUCUCCCAUACAACCUGGAAUGAAUACAUCUGCUAUGCAAGGUCCUCCUCCUCCAUAUAUGCAUAUACCUCGGUACAGCACAAAUCCUAUAACUGUUACAGUUUCACAAAACCUCCCUUCUGGGCAGCUUUUACCCAGAGCUUUACAAAUUCUUCCUCAAAUUCAGAGUGCUCCUUAUGGAAGUCCUGGAUCACUCUAUAUUAGGCAGACAACUCAAGGUUCUUCAGGACGACAGACUCCUACUCAGAGUACACAGUGGCAUGCAUCACCACAAGGUCCAGUUCCACAUUAUAAUCCACAUCCAUUGCCUGUCUACCCACACCAACAGAGCUAUCAGCCUUCUCAGUAUUCUCCCAAACAGUCUCAGAUUCCUCAGUCUCCUUUUCGAUCACCACCUGCUUCUCAGUGUCCUUCUCCUUUUGGAUCACCUCAACAUCAAGUUCAGCCUAGUCAAUUAGGACAUCAAAGUUCCCAUGUAUUUAUGCCUCCUAGUCCUUCAACUGUGCUACCCCAUCCAUAUCAACAAACACCACAGACAUAUCAAAAACCAAGUGGACACUCAGUAUCUUAUCUACCAUACGGUGGACCUAUCUUAACUAAAGGGUCCAUGAACAAGAUAGAAAUUACUGUUGAGCCACCACAAAGACCUGGGACUACACUUAAUAGGAGCCCUUCACCUAUAAGUAAUCAACCAUCCCAACGGAACCAGCACCCACUAUAUACACCUGUAACUCCUCCUUCAGGUUCCCCUUCCAGAAGUAUAGCAGGUCAGCCUAAACCUCCUUAUAGUGUUAAUCCUGUAUAUAUAACAUAUACACAACCAGUUGGACCUACCGGUGUACUUACACAGUCCCCCCGUGUAAUGGUAUCUCAGCCAAAUCCAGCAGUUUUUAAAAUCACAGUAGGUCGAGCUCCUGCUGAGAAUCUUCUAAAUUUAGUGGACCAAGAAGAACAUUCUGCAGCACCAGAACCUAUUCAGCCCAUUUCAGUUGUACCAGGAUCUGGAGGUGAAAGAGGACGGCAUAAGUACCAGAGAAGUUCCAGCUCUGGAUCAGAUGACUAUGCUUAUACUCAAGCUUUGUUGUUACACCAACGUGCAAGGAUGGAGAGGUUAGCAAAGGAGCUAAACUUUGAGAACGAGGAGCUUGAGAAACUUAAAGGUGAAGUAAAUAAUAUGGAACAUGAUCUUAUGCAAAGGCGUCUGAGAAGAGUGAGCUGUACAACCUCAAUCCCAACACCUGAGGAGAUGACAAGAUUGAGAAGCAUGAAUAGGCAGCUCCAGAUAAAUGUAGACUGUACUCAGAAAGAAAUUGACCUCCUUCAGUCUAGAGGGAACUUUGAUCUGAAAGCCAUGAACAAUUUUUAUGAUAACAUAGAGCCUGGUCCUAUUGUGCCACCAAAGCCAUGUAAAAAAGGACUCAGUAGAAAUGGUGGACAUCCAUUGAAGCUGUAUAGAAUUGAUUACAGAAGUUCUACAUCCCUGAUUUAAAACCAUCCAUCCAUCCAUUAAAUUUAUAUGGCCACCCAUCUCCCAAAAAGUGACUUUGGGUGGCAUGCAACUUUUGGCCUAUAAACUGCAUUUCAGCCAUGGAAUACAGUUUAUUCCUGUAGCAGCUGAAGUGUGGAUAAUGGUUGCCUCUUAAGUAUAUCUAUCAUUAAUUAAUCAAUAAAAAAUUAAAAUGGG